GUCGGUGUGAGUGUGUCAAAAAUGGAGACUGAAUCUUGUUGACUGGAUGUCAAUACAGUAAAGUUAGUUCGAUAAUUGUCCAAAAUACUGCGUUAACAUGUCGUCCUUGCAUUUACCAAGGGUGGUUAGUCAAAGAGGGAAGAGUUCUUUGGAAGUUGAACGUGAAAACUUUGAAAAAAGACAGGCAGUGGCAAUCAACAAGGCUAUCAACAGUCAAGAAACCCCAGUCAAAGAAAAACAUGUUCGAAACACAAUCCUUGGUACCUUCCAAGACAAUGGCGGAGGGAUGUUCUGGACCGUCGCUACCAAACUCCCUGUUCAGGGAAACCCCAUCGUGUGCUGGAAAUUUCUUCAUGUUCUCCACAAGAUACUUCGAGAUGGACACCCAAAUGUCAUUAUUGAUUCCAUGAAGUACCGGAGUCACCUGACAGAUCUGGGAAAGUUAUGGGUAAGUAGUGCCAGGGACUGUCUCAGUGCAGCAAGCUUGUGA